AUGAACAUAUUUCACUGGCACAUUGUUGACGACCCUUCAUUUCCUUAUGAAUCUUCGACCUAUCCAGGACUUUCGGGAAAGGGUGCCUAUGACCCCUCGGCUGCUGUUUAUACAAUUGACGAUGUGAGGGAAAUUAUUGAAUUCUCCAGACUACGUGGAAUUCGUGUGAUGUCCGAGUUCGAUACACCAGGUAAGAGAAAAGUUAAAGUUCAGAUUUCAAAUAUCUGCAAAAAAAUUAAUGAGUUGAAUUCCUUUAUCUGA